CUCUCUUUCUCAAGCUCUCCCCCCCCCCCCUCUUCCCCUCGCAUCGCGCGGCUGCGGCGACGGGAGGGCGCAAAAGAACACUGCGGAUAAGAGAGGGGAGACAAAGAGAGUUGGAGGAAGAAGCAGUCGCCCUGCGGCCAUGGCGAGCGCCGACCCCAACCGGGCCUUCAUGAAGGACGUGAAGCGCAUCAUCAUCAAGGUGGGCACUGCAGUUAUCACUAGAAAUGAUGGAAGAUUGGCUUUGGGCAGGAUUGGAGCCCUAUGCGAGCAGGUGAAGGAUCUUAACUCUCAAGGAUAUGAGGUGAUUAUGGUCACCUCAGGUGCUGUUGGCGUUGGGCGACAGCGACUCAGGUACCGGAAGCUAGUCAAUAGCAGCUUCGCCGAUCUGCAAAAGCCACAGAACGAGCUGGAUGGAAAGGCGUGUGCCGCUGUUGGUCAGAGUGGCCUGAUGGCACUCUACGAUAUGUUAUUCACCCAACUUGAUGUUUCGUCAUCCCAACUCCUUGUGACAGACAGUGAUUUUGAUAAUUCAAAUUUCCGGGAGCGACUCUGUGAAACUGUCGAGUCACUAUUAGAGCUUAGAGUUAUUCCAAUAUUUAAUGAAAAUGAUGCUGUCAGUACUAGAAAGGCUCCAUAUGAGGAUUCAUCUGGUAUAUUCUGGGAUAAUGACAGUUUGGCAGGUCUACUGGCAUUGGAAUUGAAAGCUGAUCUCCUUGUUCUACUUAGUGACGUGGAUGGCCUCUACAGCGGUCCACCAAGUGAACCUUCAUCAAAGAUAAUACACACUUACAUCAAAGAGAUACAUUAUCAGGAAAUCACUUUUGGAGACAAGUCUCGUGUUGGUAGAGGUGGUAUGACUGCUAAAGUUCAGGCUGCAUCCUUGGCUUCAGGAGGUGGCAUACCUGUUGUUAUUACAAGUGGAUUUGAUUCUCAGAGCAUUGUUAAAGUUCUCCAAGGGGAAAAAAUUGGUACUCUUUUUCAUAAGAAUGCAAGUUUGUGGGAACCAUCCAAGGAUGCUAGUGUCCAUGAAAUGGCUGUUGCUGCAAGAGAUUGUUCAAGGCGUCUACAGAAUUUGUCGUCAGAGGAGCGCAAGAAAAUAUUAUUUGAUGUUGCGGAUGCUUUAGAGGCAAAUGAGGAUUUAAUUAGAUCUGAGAAUGAAGCUGAUAUAGCUGCAGCACAAGAAGCUGGAUAUGAGACUUCUUUGGUUUCUAGAUUGACUCUGAAACCAGGAAAAAUAGCGAGCCUCGCAAAAUCUAUUCGCACUCUUGCAAAUAUGGAAGACCCUAUUAAUGAGAUACUGAAAAGAACAGAGGUUGCUGAUGGUUUAGUUCUCGAGAAAACAUCUUCUCCUUUGGGUGUUCUCUUAAUUGUUUUUGAGUCACGACCUGAUGCCCUGGUCCAGAUUGCAUCUUUAGCCAUUCGAAGUGGCAACGGUCUACUCCUAAAAGGUGGAAAAGAAGCAAUGAGAUCAAACACCAUACUGCACAAGGUUAUAACCAAUGCUAUUCCUGGUAAUGUUGGUGAAAAACUGAUUGGCCUUGUUACAACUAGAGAUGAGAUUGCAGAUUUGCUUAAGCUUGAUGAUGUCAUUGAUCUUGUCAUUCCAAGAGGGAGUAAUAAGCUGGUUUCUCAAAUCAAGGCAUCAACUAAGAUUCCUGUUCUAGGUCAUGCUGAUGGUGUUUGUCAUGUAUAUAUUGAUAAAUCAGCAGACAUGGAUAUGGCAAAACGUAUUGUGUUGGAUGCAAAGAUUGAUUACCCAGCAGCCUGCAAUGCAAUGGAGACAUUACUUGUUCAUAAAGAUCUUGCGAAGACCCCAGAACUUGAUGACAUAUUGUUAGCACUCAAAACAGCAGGAGUUAAUAUUUAUAGUGGCCCUGUUGCCCACAAAGUAUUAGGCUACCCGAAAGCAGAUUCAUUUCAUCUGGAAUACAGUUCUUUGGCUUGCACAGUUGAGUUUGUAGAUGAUGUACAAUCGGCAAUCGACCAUAUUCAUCGUUAUGGAAGUGCACAUACGGAUUGUGUUGUGACUACAGAUGAUAAAGUAGCAGAGUCUUUUCUACGUCAAGUUGAUAGCGCCGCUGUAUUCUACAAUGCGAGUACAAGAUUCUCCGAUGGGGCUCGUUUUGGACUCGGUGCUGAGGUUGGCAUAAGUACAGGUCGUAUUCAUGCCCGUGGACCUGUGGGUGUUGAAGGUCUUUUAACUACAAGAUGGAUCUUACGAGGGAAAGGGCAAGUGGUGAAUGGGGACAAGGAUGUUGCAUACACCCACAAGACUCUCCCGUUGCAAUCAGGCCCUUUGCUUCUUGAUCAGGAUUCAGUAAAAAACCUGUGAAUCAACAUGGUUUCAUCAGACUACAAGCAAAAAAAUGAGCAAAAAGGGUGAAUCUUGUGAAGAUCAAGGAGGGCUGUGAAUCAAUUAAUUACAUUGUUCAAUCAUAGUGUAGAAACUAUCUUAUUGCGGCGGUUUGUUGGUAGAUCAGUUUAUAUGAGCUUGGAGACUCCGGUUCUCCAAUAAUAAUAAUAAUAAUAAUAAAAAGAAGCAGCACUACUAGAAGUGAGAAGAGUACUAAUGUACCGAUGUGCACAGUAUGUUGAUUGGGACCAUCAAUCGAGUAGCAUCUGCCAUUGCUUGGUGCACUGUAACGGUUAUUUCUACACUUGAUUUUAUCAUGGUGGCCAGAGUAUCUAGUCUGGAGCUGCUGUUUUUGUGUUUCUCUUGUACAAGCUCAUGAAACAAUCGAAUGUGCACCCAGGGUCAUGAAACAAUCGAAUGUGCUAUGCAGUC